UUCGUCUUGAAAAGAAUUUACUGGAAUUCAAGUGUUUAAAGUGAACUUUCGAGAACAAAACAUGCGAUCUCGGAUAUGGAUCUUAGCCCUGCUGGGAAUCGUUCUGCGUAUGAUAAUUGAAACUUCUGCACAGGAGUAUCGAGUGAUUUGCGGUAGAAGAAAGGUGAAAACAAGCUACCUUAUUCAAAAUGGGCUAGACGCAAAGCCGGGUCAUUGGCCAUGGCAUGCAGCAAUUUUCUAUAUAAAAAAUGACUUGUUCGACUAUAAGUGCGGAGGAUCGAUUAUAGACGAGAACACCAUCUUAACAGCCGCGCACUGUGUUUUCACGAGUGGAGUGAAACGGGCAAGCGAAGUCUCAAUCCACGUUGGCCGUAACCAUAUCAAAGAAGAUGCAGAGUACACACAGAUACAUGAUGCACAAGACAUAAUAGUACAUCCUAAAUUUAGAUCAGGUACAAUUUACAACGACAUCGCCCUAAUUAAGCUGGACACCAGCAUCACGUGGUCAAAGUUUGUGCAACCCGUCUGCUUGUGGAACUUGGACGAAAGUUGGAACACAAUCGUCGGUAAGAAUGGUACGAUCGUCGGAUUCGGCUUAACUGAAGCGAACACUGUAUCAGAGAAUUUAAAGCAAACGUUAGUUGGUGUCAUUGAUGGGCUGAAGUGCGUGGAAAAGGAUCGUGAUGUGUUUGGCAAUCAGCUUACAUCGAAUAUGAUAUGCGCCGGAGGACAGGAAGGUGCUAUAGCGUGUAGCGGUGAUAGUGGCGGUGGCAUGUUUUUCGAAAUCGAAGGCAAAUGGUUCGUUCGAGGUAUUGUUUCUUUUACACCACGUUUAACUGUAGAUGGACUUUGCGAUGCGUCAACAUACACCGCCUUUACUGAUGUUUCUAAGUAUAUGGACUGGAUUACAAAGUAUGUUGAUCCUCGCGUCUUGUCGGUUAGCUCUGAUGUUAUUGAAGUGGACUACGAUGAAAAGCUCGAACUGUUUGAUCUUAAUACGUGCGGUUUGGUAUCCAGCACGGUUGCUGCUGACGGUGACCGAUGGACCCUGCCCUGGCUUGGAUUUGUUGGAAUUUAUAAGUCGUCGGAUAAUACGAUCGAUAAAAGAUGUGCAGUCACAUUGUUGAACGAAUGGUAUGCUGUAGGGCCGGCACAUUGUUUCCAAAACGACGGUUUAGAACGAAGAGUACUUUUUGGUGGUAAUAGCGAACUGACAGAACCGAUUUGUAACAAUCGAAAGAAACCCUGUCAAAGCCCAACACAAAUGCUUCAAAUACAACGAGUCAUCAUCCAUCCGAAAUACAGCAUCAACAAUACUGCGGACAAUAUAGCACUUAUUGAGUUGCUCAACCCAGCGGAUACAACGCAACCGAAUGUACAAGCUAUUUGUAUACCAAUCAUCCCCAAGUUACGAACAAACAAAACUGAGGACCUUUCUAUUGCGUCUCAUAUGUCUUUUCCUCGUUCCUUUGCAAGCAAACCAGUAAAUUUCAUCGAUUCCAACGACUGUACUGCCAAAUACGCCCAAGAAGAGUUCUCUCUGUUCCUCGAAACAAAGCGACUUUGUACCCAAAUCUCUGACAGAGGUGCGCAGGACUGCAUUCAGCUGAAAGCUGGAGGACCUCUCCAACAGUUGAGAAGGUUCAACGGAAGAAGGCAAUAUUUCCUACGAGGUUUCGAUUUGUUUGGGCGCUCUUGUUCAACCUCGUUACCAUCCGUUUAUAGCAAUGUAAACAACUACCUUGACUGGAUACUGUACAACAUGAGAUACGACAUUUUGGAAAAGAAUGAUGAAGCUCCAAGCAAUGAAGGCUCUGAUAUAGAGGAUAGUUGGAAUACGCUACAUCAAGAGCCAGACCGGGAGAAGCUUUCGCUAUUCAACCUAGAUACCUGUGGAGUUGCGUCCCUAAACAUUGAUACGGUCGACGAACGUACAUUCUACCCCUGGAUGGGAUUGUUGGCCACGCAUAAAAACACCAUGGAGGCCAUAACAUACAUCGAAAGUGCAGUUGUUUUGAUCAGUGACAGAUACGCAUUGACUCCUGCUCACAUUAUCAACAAUUCAGUGUCAUGUCUUAAACUUCAGCUUGGCAGUAUGAUUGACUCUUCCGAUGUGGUCUGCGAAGAAGGCGAUGAGUCCACGCUUUGCGAUCCUGAGUUACAGAAAAUCCCAAUACAACGAAUGAUUGUUCAUCCGCAGUACAACGCUUUCGAUAACAGCAACAACAUCAUGCUAUUGGAACUGUCUAGACCAGUGAGAAAGCCUCAGAUAAAUCCGGUCUGUUUGCCGGUCGAUGAUCAGAUUCGCAGCUACGACAUUUCCGACAUGAGAGCCCACGCCUUCAAUUUGCUCACACUCAACUUCAUUGCACAGAAGCUGGACAAACAUACGUACUUUACUUCUAGCGAGUGUCAAACGCGAUGGAACAAGUUGGCACUAAAUUGGAGCCUCGAAAAUGUUACACAAUGCAUAAUGGCUCAAUACUCACCCAACACGGAAUAUAGUAGGUCCGGAUUCGGAUGCGGAACUGGUUCCAGAAUCGGAUUCGUUUCGGAAUCGAUUCCGGAAUCGGAUCCUGAAUUGGUGCCAGAAUCGGAUCCGGAAUUGAUUCCGGAACCAGAAACGAUUCCGAAAACGAAAUCGGAAUCAGAAGCGAUUACCCAUUAA